AUGCCAAGAUUGACGUCAGCUCAACGCAAUAAUGCCAUUGGGAAAUUGCAAGCAGGGGCAACUCAACAAGCUGUGGCAAGACACUUUGGCGUCUCCAAACAGACCAUCUCUGCUUUAUGGGCAUGCAUCAAUGAAGCGAAACAGACUGACACUGAAGCAACGUGUGGUAUUGACAGCAUCAAUGAAGCGAAACAGACUGACACUGAAGCAACGUGUGGUAUUGACAGCAUCAAUGAAGCGAAACAGACUGACACUGAAGCAACGUGUGGUAUUGACAGCAUCAAUGAAGCGAAACAGACUGACACUGAAGCAACGUGUGGUAUUGACAGCAUCAAUGAAGCGAAACAGACUGACACUGAAGCAACGUGUGGUAUUGACAGCAUCAAUGAAGCGAAACAGACUGACACUGAAGCAACGUGUGGUAUUGACAGCAUCAAUGAAGCGAAACAGACUGACACUGAAGCAACGUGUGGUAUUGACAGCAUCAAUGAAGCGAAACAGACUGACACUGAAGCAACGUGUGGUAUUGACAGCAUCAAUGAAGCGAAACAGACUGACACUGAAGCAACAUGUGGUAUUGACAGCAUCAAUGAAGCGAAACAGACUGACACUGAAGCAACAUGUGGUAUUGACAGCAUCAAUGAAGCGAAACAGACUGACACUGAAGCAACAUGUGGUAUUGACAGCAUCAAUGAAGCGAAACAGACUGACACUGAAGCAACAUGUAGUAUUGACAGCAUCAAUGAAGCGAAACAGACUAACACUGAAGCAACAUGUAGUAUUGACAGCAUCAAUGAAGCGAACCAAGCAAUUCACAAGAAAAGUGGUUACCCCAAAAAACCUUCUCCAGGACCUAGCACUAAGCACGCUAUCUUGUCGUCUGUUCCAACUAUAGACCAGGUGCCUGUUCCAAUAGACGAGACUGUAUCAUUUGACAAUGAAUCGAAAGCGCCAGUGACUAUAGAGGAAAAUGUGCCUGAACCUGAUACGAGCUUCCAGGAAUCUGAUGAUGCCGACAGUGUCUGUGUUAAAUUAUUGACUUGCAAACCGAAACCAUCGAUCCGUCGUCCACCAACCUAUCUGAUAUGCCAAACCAACCAAGUUUGA